GAGAAAAAGUUUAGAAUCAAGUGUUGAAAGUAAAACAAUUAUAAACCACUUGACUCAGGGAAAGUUUGAUAAAAAUAGAUUAUGUGUGAGAGUAUUUAUUCUAAGUAAUUAGGAAGCGGAUAUAUUUACAUUUUGUACAAGGAAAUGAUACAUAUCCAAGCUAGCCAGUGUGAUGGUUGGACUAUUGAAUUAUAUUACAUUUCUAUUGGCAUUCCAUGUUACGUAUUCAGAGGACAAUUCCACAAUACUGUUUUGUAACGGAAUAAACGGUGGUUUCUGUUCAAAGGUUUUACAGCCAGUGGAACCUUUUAAUUCAAGUAAAGUGGCGAUUCUAGACAACAAACUCAGUUCGGUGACAUGUCCUCCAGAUGGCAUGAAACUUGUUCUGUUCGAAUGUACAUCUUGGGAUAGAUGUGACUGCAAUACAACCCUGGAAGUCUAUGAACAAUGUUUUGGUAAUAAGUUAUUUUGCAACGAACUAGUCACUUCAUAUAGUACAUUUACGUACAAAUGCAACAAAGAAUUGCAAUUAUAUUGUCCAUCUCAUACAAUCUCGACAUACAAAUCAACAUCGAGAAAGUCGUCGACAUCAACAACAACUAUUUCUUCGUCUGACCAUUUCAGGAAUACGACGAGUAAACAAACCUCCACGCAAACUUCUCAGUCAACAAAAACAAAGAUAUCCACGACAUUAACAACCAUAUCAAAAGAAUUAACAACGGUGUCAAAAGAAUCAUUACCUACACAUAUUCCUGAGCCAAAGUACCCAAAAGAAGAACAGAAGACAAAAGAUGCCGUGAAUGCAGUAGUGAUCUUUAGUAUUUUAUGCGUUGUUGGAGCUACUGAAUCUGUUUUUACAAAAAUAGAAGACGAAGAAGUAGCCAAAUACAGAAGGAACAUGGGAAUGAUAUGACUCCACCCAAUGGAACAUUCACAUACACUGACGAAAACCACGAGCAUGGAGGAAAUACAAAGAACAACACUCAUGAACUUCAGUGUCAACAGUCCUGUGAUUCUGGCGUUGUGUGCAAUGUAGAAAUAAAUCACUACGAAUAGAAUAUACAAACAUAAACUAUUUUAACAUGCCUUUUAAUCGUUACUUUAAUGUUAUAUCAAAGAAAAGUUUCAUUUUUGUUAAAUAAAAGUUAUUGCUUUACCUUUUGCUACAUCACAGUGUGCUAGUUUGCAUUUAAAAAAAAUCGGGUAAACACAUAAUGCUUUACGAAUAUUACGCAGCUUCCAGCAAAUUUAUGAUGAUUCUGAACAUAGUGUGGUUCAUUAAAAUCAAGAGUGCCAAAAGUCACAAAUGGUCCCACAAAUAAUACAAAUGGUCCCACAAAUAAAACAAAUGGUCCCACAAAUAAUACAAAUUCUCAAGCAACGAAAGACAAACUUUAUUUCCGAGAAUUGUCAAAGCAUAAAAAAAUGAUAUAUCUGAAAGUUAAUGAACUGAUCAGUAAAAUAGAACAGCAUCAAACUGAGCAGUCAACUAACUAAAUAUGAUGCAAAUAAUGGAUUCGUCGUUGGAACUAUUUCAAGAAACUGGAAGUUCUAAACUAUAAACGACAACUUUUCAAAAUGGACACUUUUUGAGGCACAAAAGUAAGCAUCUGUUUGUUGCUCUAAAAAGAACAUCAGAUGUCAACAUUUGUUAUAAUGAUCUUUCGUUUCUGCACGAAAUAUUUGCCUCUGUACUUCAUGCCAUCAACAGUCUGUCAACCCAAAUGAUCUUGUUACCCCUUGGGAUCUCUUCCAAAUCUCAUAAAUUCAACUUUUGUCUGUAUUUACCUUGAUACAGCAUUGUAUCUGACGACUACAUCGUCAAACAACAUAUCCGUUGUUGAAAAGAUACUAAUAAAAGAAAUUUAAGGAACUUGAUAAUGAUAUCUCAUGAUUAUACUCUUCAAACGCUGUCUACAAUCCCUAUUUUUGCCGAUUUAUAUCCAACAACAUACUGGAGAUAAAAAAAAAAACCUACAGAUACAGCUUCUUCCUUUACGACAUAGACCAACUCAUUAUUAGACCCUAUGACAAUCACAAAUGAAAUUUAUUUACUUCUUUAUGGGGAAAAAAACCAUCGCCAUUGCGGAUGUGAUGUAAAUUUGAAACAUACAACAUACAAAUACACGUACUAACUACUAAAUAACCAGACCUUCUAAAUUGUCUUCAAACGUCUGACCUGUAAGUUAAAAUGUUUAUGAGUCGUCUCUUUCCUUGAAAUAUCAUCGGAUGGCACAAAACAAAAUUCACAAAUAUUGUCUCGAAAGUGCAGAUGAGACAUAUUGAUCUUUAGUUUAGAUUUUUAAGGUAAUGCUGAUAAUUUAACAUAUUUUCUUGUAAAUAAAAUUAUUUAAGGUUUG